CCAUCAUCAUGGGCACCACAACGAACGGCGAGCCUAAUGGCACUUCCUCCAAAGGCAUCCGAAUAGCCAUCGAUCGCGGCGGCACCUUUACCGACUGCGUGGGCAAUCCUGGCACUGGCAAGAUGGAGGACGAUGUGCUGAUCAAAUUAUUGUCUGUGGACCCGCAAAACUACGACGAUGCACCACUCGAAGGCAUACGACGUCUAUUAGAACGAUUUACCGGUCAAGAUAUACCCCGAGGCCAGCCUCUCGACACGAGUAAGAUCGAGAGCAUCAGGAUGGGCACGACGGUAGCGACGAAUGCCCUGCUAGAACGGAAAGGCGAGGACAUUGCGAUGGUCGUCACAAAAGGCUUCAAGGACUGCCUCGAGAUUGGCAACCAGAGCAGGCCCAAUAUUUUCGAUUUGGCAAUCAGGAAGCCAGAAGUGCUCUACAAGAAGGUCGUAGAAAUUGAUGAGAGAGUCACUCUCGAGGACUAUGCAGAAGACCCGGAGCGCAAUCACACCGAAGCACAGUCGGAAGACGCAGCGGGGCAAGGUGCAGAGCUGGUGAAAGGCUUGUCUGGCGAGACUGUGAGGAUACUGCAACGACCUGACGAAGGCAGUAUACGAAAACAGCUACAAGAGGUAUAUGACUCUGGACUGAAGAGUAUAGCUGUAUGCUUGAUGCAUGGAUACACAUACCCGCAGCACGAAGCUAUUGUAGGAAAGAUUGCGAGAGACAUCGGUUUCGAGCACGUCUCGCUCUCGUCUGAGCUCAUGCCUAUGAUCAAACUUGUACCGAGAGCGACUUCUGCUUGUGCUGAUGCAUAUCUGACCCCCGCGAUACGAAAAUACAUUGAUGGUUUCCAAAAAGGCUUCGAAGGUGGUCUGGGCACGGAGAGCGUCAAGAAGGAAAGUGGUUCCAAGGGAGCUCGCUGCGAGUUCAUGCAAUCGGAUGGAGGUCUUGUGGACGUGAAUGGCUUCAGCGGCUUGAAAGCCAUCCUCUCGGGCCCGGCUGGUGGUGUCGUUGGCUAUGCGCUCACCAGCUACGAUCCCCAGACGAAGAUUCCCGUCAUUGGAUUUGAUAUGGGAGGCACGAGCACUGACGUGUCUAGGUAUGGCAGCGGUCGCUACGAUCACGUUUUCGAGACCACGACUGCUGGUGUCACCAUACAAUCACCUCAACUCGAUAUCAAUACUGUCGCAGCUGGAGGUGGAUCUCGUCUGUUCUUUCGCAAUGGCCUCUUUGUGGUGGGACCUGAGAGCGCGAGCGCUCAUCCCGGACCAGCAUGUUAUCGCAAGGGCGGACCUCUCACCAUCACCGAUGCGAAUCUCUUGCUUGGCCGACUUCUUCCGGACUUUUUCCCCAAGAUAUUUGGCAAAAAUGAGGAUGAGGGACUGGAUGAGCAGGCGAGCAAGGCCGCUUUUGAGCAGCUGACGGAGCAUAUCAACAAGGAGAACGCUGCAGGAAACAAGGAGAAGGAGAUGAACAUGGACGAAGUGGCGUAUGGCUUCCUCAAGAUUGCCAACGAGACCAUGACACGACCGAUCCGAUCAUUGACUGAGGCACGCGGGCAUGAUACAAGCAAGCACAGGUUGGCCACAUUCGGAGGUGCAGGUGGCCAACAUGCUGUUGCAAUCGCAGAGGCACUGGGCAUAACGCAGAUUCUCGUGCAUCGCUACUCCUCCGUGCUCUCUGCAUACGGCAUGGCGCUGGCCGAUGUUGUUGACGAACGACAAGAACCCGAGUCGAAGAUAUGGUCAGACAAAGACCAAGAGACCAGGAAAUACUUAAAAGACAAGAUGGCGGAGCUCAAGAAGAAGUCGACAGCAGUACUCCGAGAUCAAGGCUUCUCCGAAGAGCAAGUGCACUUUGAGGAGUACCUCAACAUGCGCUACCGUGGUACAGAGUCCGCACUCAUGAUUGUUCGUCCAACUUCAGAGGAGGCUAACAAAGAGUAUGAUGGCGAUGACUGGGCCUUCGGCAAAGCCUUUGUCCGACAGCACGAGCAAGAGUUUGGUUUUACGCUACCCGAUCGUGACAUUAUCAUCGACGAUGUGCGCGCCAGAGGCAUUGGCAAGACCUUUGAAGGUCUAGAGAAGACUGUUGAUCAGCAGCUCAAGGAAGUCAAAGCAAAAGACCUGGCCAAGGGCGACAAGACCUAUGGCAGCAGGUCGGUGUACUUUGAGGGUGGGAGGCAAGAUACUGCCAUUUACAAACUCGAAGACCUGACUGUCGGAGACCGUAUCAAAGGUCCUGCAAUCAUAGCUGAUGGCACACAAACCAUCGUGGUUACGCCGAAUGCAUCAGCACUUCUCAUUGAUACACAUGUUGUCAUCAAUCUCGGCGAAGUCGAUGCACAGGAGAAGAAGGUCGACACCAAGAAUGUGGAUCCGAUCGUGCUCUCGAUCUUUGCACACAGGUUCAUGGCGAUUGCAGAGCAGAUGGGACGUGCUCUACAGAAGACUUCUGUCUCGACCAAUGUCAAAGAAAGACUAGAUUAUUCUUGUGCUCUGUUCGACGCGGACGGCGGGUUGGUGGCCAACGCACCUCAUCUUCCAGUACAUCUGGGAAGCAUGUCUACCUGCGUUCGCAAGCAAGCCGAAAUCUGGAAAGGCAAGCUCGAGAAGGGUGAUGUCCUGGUCUCGAAUCAUCCCAUGUUCGGUGGUACACAUCUGCCUGACAUCACUGUCAUCACGCCUGCAUUUUCGGGCGAUAAGAUUGUCUUCUAUGUUGCUUCUCGAGCUCAUCACGCAGACAUCGGUGGUAUUCUACCGGGCUCCAUGCCCCCACACAGCAAAGAGCUCUUUCAAGAAGGUGCAGCCAUCAAGACGGAGAAACUUGUCUCCAAGGGCCACUUCAACGAGAAGCGCAUUACGGAGCUACUGCUCGACGAGCCAGCACAGUAUCCCGAUUGCUCAGGCACUCGUUGUCUGGCUGACAACAUCAAUGACUUGAAGGCACAAAUUGCCGCAAACCAGAAAGGAAUCAAUCUCAUCUCCACACUGAUCGAAGACUACGGCGAAGAUGUCGUGCAGUUCUACAUGCACAGCAUUCAAGACAAUGCCGAGCUUUCAGUACGCAACCUUCUCAAGGAUGUCUCUUCACGCUUUUCCGGCCAAGACCUUGCCGCCAUCGAUUUCAUGGACGAUGGAUCUCCCAUUCAGCUCAAAAUCACCAUCGACGCCGAGAAAGGUGAAGCAGUUUUCGAUUUCACGGGUACGGGGCCAGAAGUGUAUGCCAACUGGAACGCACCAGAGGCUGUGACCUACAGUGCCAUCAUAUACUGUCUGAGGUGCCUCAUCAGUGAGGAUAUACCACUCAACCAAGGAUGUCUGAAGCCCGUCAAGGUGAUCAUCCCGCCCAAGAGCUUCCUCUCCCCUUCUGGCACCGCGGCAGUGGUGGGAGGCAAUGUUUUGACUUCGCAACGAGUCACGGAUGUGGUAUUGAAGGCUUUCCAAGCUUGUGCUGCUUCGCAAGGAGACUGCAACAACCUGACCUUUGGCUUUGGCGGGAACGUCUCAGGUCAAAAGGCCGUUAAAGGUUUCGGCUAUUACGAGACGAUUGCUGGUGGUAGCGGAGCUGGGCCUACGUGGGACGGCACGAAUGGGGUGCAUACCCAUAUGACGAAUACCAGGAUCACGGAUGCGGAGGUGUUUGAGAGGAGGUACCCAGUCAUUUUGAGGGAGUUCAGUCUGAGAUCCAACAGUCACGGAAGGGGACAACACAAGGGAGGUGAUGGUGUCAUCAGAGAUAUUGAAUUCCGCAUACCCGUACAGGUUUCGAUCUUGUCCGAGAGGAGAGUGUAUCAUCCCUAUGGACUCGAGGGAGGCGAGGAUGCACAGUGCGGGAAGAACAUUUGGGUCAGAAAGGUUGCAGGAUCGGAUGCCGAUGUGAAGGAGAAUGGCGCGCACACCAUCACAGCAGGAAAAGAGACCGGGGUAGAGCAAGAGUACAGGUACACAUCACUUGGAGCGAAGAAUACCGCAGCCAUGCGAGCAGGCGAACGCAUCAUCAUCAUGACACCCGGAGGCGGAGGCUGGGGUCCUGCUGGUAAGGCUUCCGAGGCUGCUAUCAGGCACGAUCCCAAGCAAAACUGGAAAGGUGGCAGUGUAGCUGCCAGACAGGCCGAAGGUGAAGCUAGUGCAUGAGAAGAGAAAUGGAUGAUGACUUAUGAUAUAUCCUCGAGCUGCAGGACAUACCUCAUGCGUAUAGACUUUCC